UUCUGGGUUGUCAAGAAAUUAAGAGCAAACGUUGGCAAAUAAUCAAACAAGUUCCCCCUUGUUUCUCUUGGCAAAUACUUACUAAUUACUAGCAUAGUUUGGAAGCACUCUCUCUUUUCUUUCUUCAAUUUGUUUGUCUUCUUGAGAUUAGACAAAAAUGGCUCCAACCAUGGUGGUGCCGGCCUUCGCCCGCACAAAGCAGCCUGAACACGUUGUAGAGCGGGAGGACGGGGAGAUUUUGAAGAAGAGAAAUGAGGAGUUGGAGAAAGAACUCCAGAAAGCCAUGGAAAGGGAGAAAAGGAUGAGGGAGGAAUUGCAGAGAACGUGGGAAAGGCUGAGGGUGGCGGAGGAGGCGGAGGAGCGGCUCUGCUCCCAACUGGGUGAACUGGAGGCGGAGGCUGUGGGCCAGGCGCGCUCCUACAGAGCCAGCAUGAUGGCUUUGAUGGAUCAGCUUUCUGCGGCCCAGAAGCUUCUCCAGGGGGCUGUCCCUGUAGCCCCAACUCCUCAAGUACUAUAACCUUGUUU